UCCAACCCUUACGAUAUGAGGUGAAGUUCAUCACAAUGACAACACUCUUACAAUCACAUCAAACACCUUUUCAUCCUCCGCCACUUGGAGGAGCACCUUCAGAAAAUCAAUUCGGAUUUCCAAUCGAAACAGACGAUGUAAUUAUACAAACGUUGGCAAAAGUUGGAAUAACAGAUGUAAAAGAACACGAUAUACAAAAGCCCACUCAACAAAUCGCAUUAACAUGUUUUGCUGCAUUUUUGGAAUUACUCUCGUAUGUCAAUGAUGAAGUAAUCGACACACUAAAAGGUGAUUGCCUCGAUAGGCUCGAGCAUCGUGAAUUAUAUGAUGAUUCGCUACGCUUCAUCAUCCGAUUCAGAGAAAUACGUGCAUUGAUGAUCGCAUCAUGUGUACCAGAUUUCAAUAUAACCGAUAUUACCAGGCCAAAACCAAAACGAUUCAAGAAACAGAUAUUCGCACUUAUCAACUUUUUACGUUUCUCAGAACAUCAUAUUCAACACUUUGACAAAUUGAAAGAAGAUAACGACCACAUCUUCAGGGAGCGUGAUGAGUUAUCGUCUAAACUUGCCAAUGUGGAAGAAAAGGUGAAAGAGGAGGAAGACCUACGAGCAUCCCAAGAAGAAAGAACGAUGGAAUUGCGAGGUAUGAACGCAAAGUUGAGCGAAACUCUACGCAACCUCAAAGACGAACAAUCGAGCCUAUUGAAUGAGCUAGACGAUGCAAAGCAAGACAAGAACGUCGCUCACUCCAAACUUCUGAAAUUGAUCGAGACAAGUCGUUUAUUGAAUGAAGAGAUUGAACGGUUUACAUUACGAAUCGAGAAUACACCAAAAGAGUUACGUGCAAUGAUCGAAAAGCAAAAGAGACAAUUGAAGGAAAAGAGAAGUGCAUAUGCUGAAGAAGAGACAAAAGCGCAAAAUAUGCAUGAAAAGAAACGAGUACUGGAAAUUCUUGAAUCGGAUAUUGCAACAUGUGCUCAAUUGGUGAAAGCAUGUUUAGAAGAGAAUACGAAGCUAAUCAGAGAAAGACAAGAAUUGGAUAACGUUCAUCAUGAUAUGCAUGAUAUGUCGAAAGAACGUGAUAAUCUCAACAUGCAAAUCGAUCAAUUACAGGAAAAGCUUCGUUGGGCAAUGGAAAGGUUGGAACGUACACAAAAGAAUAUCGAGACAAAAAGAGAAGAGAACAAACGAAGAAUGGAAAACGGUGCGGAAGAAUGGGAAGGCGUUCAGGCUGAAAAGAAACGAAGAACAGAUGCUGUUGAUCAAUUAAACAAACAAUUGGCCGGUCUGGAAGACGAAUACGCACAGAUUACCGCUGAAUUCGAUACAUUCUACAGCGAACUUCAACAACAGAAACAAAAAUUAGAAACGCAAUGUCUAGGCUACAUGAAAGCAAUCUCCAAAAAGAUGGAUCUACAGGUCGAUUUGUAAUAAUAGUGUAUAUGAUUUUGUAAUAAUACAGAGAGCCCUUUUUCCUUUUAUCCUUUAUCCAGAUAUUUUAUCCAUUAAACUUUGCCAAAAUGCUGGGUCAUAAGAAGCUGCGUUGAUGCUGUUCUGUGCAGGAUCAGAAUUUGGAUCAACGAGCGAUGAUCCGUCAAAGAAGGAAUUCUUCAUCCCUGGAGGAAUACCUAUUCCAGCC